UGACACAAAAGCACGGCCUCGUGCACCAAGCUUUUGGUGGAAUGGGUGGUUAGUGGAAUCGUGGCCCGUUAGUGGAACCGACCAAAAAUGGCGCUCGCGAUAGCCACGCGAAUAUUUCGUCAUCCUCGGGUGGAGCGAGCGAGAUAAGAAAGGGAAAUUAAAUUGGAGCGACUUUCCUACGUGUUCAUUCAUGCCCUGUCUCCUGAGCAUCUUCUUACAGCAGUGCUGCGAUUGAUAUCUUGGCUAAGCUCACCUUUUGUGCCUGUUCGUCUUCCUCGGCAAACGGCAAACAACCCCGCAAUGUUUUCCAUCGUGUACAUUUACUACAAAUUUCUUGCGUUCGUGAUCAGGCGGUUCAUCGCCCCCGAGAAAAAUACGCAAGCUACGCCAGAUGACGUCUUUCAAAUUCCGUCGCGGGAUUCAGGACGGACCAUCAAAGCCCACGUCUACCGAAAUGCAACCGCAUCCACUGGGCCGACCCCCGUGUUGAUCAACUUCCACGGCAGUGGGUUUAUGCUCCCUCGUCACGGAGCCGACGAUGCAUUCUGUCGCCAGAUGAGUCGCGAAACCGACCGUACGGUCCUCGAUGUCCAAUACCGCCUAGCACCCGAGAAUCCCUUCCCCGCAGCUCUCAACGAUGCCGAGGAUGUGGCCAAGUGGGUUCUGGGACAGCCCGAGAAAUUCGAUCUUAGCCGUGUCUCUUUGUCGGGGUUCAGUGCGGGCGGUAACCUCUCCCUGGCUGCUGCGGCCAACCUGUUCUCGCCAGACACCUUCCACUCCGUUCUGGCGGUCUAUCCCGUGGUGGACCUGCAUACGAAUCCGGCGUUGAAGACCGCACCGGAUACUUCAGGUAGAGCAAUCCCCGCUUUCAUCUCGAAGAUCUUUGACAGGUGUUACACGCAUGCUGCAUAUGAUACCCGUGACCCGAGAAUCUCGCCGCUCUAUGCUAGUGCCGACCGAUUCCCUGCGCGGGUGAUGAUUGUCAGUGCGGCCUGCGACAACUUGGCGCCUGAGGCGGAGGCGCUGGCGGAGAAAAUUGCCAAGGAACCGGGGAAGGAGGUGGUGCGGCAGCGGAUGCAGAGCUGCAAUCACGGCUGGGAUAAAUCUGCUCGCCCGGGAACGGUGCAGGCUGAUGCAAGAGAGAAGACAUAUGCCAUGGCAGCAGCCAUGUUGUCGAGGUAGAUGUAUUGUCUCGAGAGAUG